AUGGCCAACAGACUCCAAGUGUUCUCCGGUUCCUCCGAAUCCCUCCAUCCGAAUUUAGAUAUGGGCCCUCUCCUAGCUCCCUUACGCUCAUGGAGCGCUAUCGAGAAAGAGGUAUCAGUAAAACAUCAAAGAGAGGAAGCAAACAAGUCGCCUUCCCAGAAAGCCAAGGAAAAGCACGAACAAGAUGCACAAGCUGCUAGACACGCUAGACGUAUGCAGAAUCGUGCUGCCAUUGAAAAGAAGAGAGGAACACGAUGGGAUGCCGAGCGAAUGGCGACAGAUAAAGCCACAGAGACUCUACUUGAUUGUAUCAAAGCUCAACGACAGCUAGGCCAUCAUUUCCACAAAUGGGGAAAUAAGAUUGCAUCUAAACUCCAUUCAAAAGCAACACAAGAGCGAAUCGAAGCGGAAGCGGAACAACAGAUCCUUCUCCUGGAACGAGGAGGCUCUUGUUGCGAGGACUGUCAGUAUGAUUCUAUACUUGCUUACUUGGAGGAAGAGGAGGCGCAACGUAGACUUAGGGCUUUGUAUGAUGAAAAUUAG